AAAAUCUUUUUCCUAUUUUAUUAUUAUUUAUUCCUACCAGACAUUGGACCGUUGUUUCCUAGAAAGCACGAACCAACCAAAGAGAAAUCAAGAUAGCAAAAAAGGACAAAAAUCUGGAUUGGGCCAGAAAGAGCUAAUAAACUGGGCCAGAAGAUACCGGUUUGGCCCUUGACAAACAUUUUUCUCUCAACUGAACUUGAAUGUAGCUCAGAACCGGAACGAAACUAGGAAGAAAAUCCCGUCAGAUAGCGACAAUAUCGAGAUAAAAGCAAUCAAUUUCAAGUCGAUUCUCAGGGUCAGGCAGGCUCUUGAUGUGAAUUAUGAGAUUGAUAUUUGGAUAUUCCAUUUAUAAGAGUUAAUUUUGGUAAUUGGUAUACAACGUUUUGAUCUUUCUGGAAAGAUUGCGACUUUGGGAGCUAGUUUGAUUCAUUAAUGGCUUCAAAAGAAAUGACAAGUAAACUCUGGAGAUGGGGUUUAGGUUUGCUAUACAUAUUUGCUGUUGCGGCUAUCUGGAUAGCUGCUAGUUUUGUGGUACAGUCUGUGGUUGAUGCAGGUGUUUCACCAUUUCUUAUAACAUACAUUUGUAAUUCGUUAUUCGUUGUUUAUAUUCCCUUGGUUGAAAUCGGGCGGUAUCUAGAAGAUAAUUAUGGAAGUUUAAUGUUCUGGAGAAAUAAAAAGAGCAGUCCUUUACAAGAGUUGGGAGAAUCAGAGAAAGCUAUCCUUCUUGGAGAGGGUGUUUUAGAUGCAAAAGCUGAUAGAUCAAAUCAAUUCUCCCUUGCGGAAGAGGGUGAAAUUAGUCAUGAGAAAGGGGAUAGUUCACAGUUGGUCUCCUAUGAGCUUACUAGGACUUUGUCCAGUCAAAGUGAAGUUGCUCACAUGGACUUAGAUGCAAAGGGGCGAUGGACACGCACCAGAGUAGCUAAAGUUAGCCUUUUGAUAUGCCCAUUUUGGUUUCUGGCUCAGCUGACUUUUAAUCUCUCAUUGAAGUAUACUACUGUUACGUCUAACACCAUCCUAAGCAGUGCCUCCAGCCUUUUCACAUUUUUGGUCUCUUUAGCAUUCUUGGGUGAGAAGUUCACUUGGGUAAAGCUUGUCAGUGUCAUUCUUUGCAUGGCAGGAACUAUUAUUGUCAGCUUGGGUGACUCAAGCAACUCCAAGAAUUUAAGUGUAAUUGCUUCAAACCCAGUUCUCGGAGACAUUUUGGCUCUUCUCUCAGCUGCUCUGUAUGCUGUAUAUGUUACACUUAUCCGUAAAAAGUUGCCUGAUGAUGAUGAAAAGAGUGGUCGUGCCAGCAUGGCACAAUUCUUGGGAUUUCUAGGGCUUUUCAACCUAUUUAUAUUCCUUCCUUUUGCUCUUGUACUCAAUGUCACCAAACUAGAGUCUUUCAACACACUAUCUUGGAAGCAGUUUGGCCUGAUUAUGGGAAAAGGUUUGUUGGACAAUGUGCUGAGUGAUUAUUUAUGGGCAAAAGCUGUUCUUCUCACCACAACAACAGUAGCAACAGCUGGUCUUACUAUUCAAGUGCCAUUGGCAGCAGUAGUCGAUACACUAAUUGGCAAAGCUCCUCAUCUCAUGGAUUAUCUUGGAGCUAUUGCUGUGAUGAUUGGUUUUGCAGGCAUCAAUAUCCCUUCUGAUAUUUUUGGCAGAUCUAAAGAAGCUACUCUUGAAUUAGAAAAUGAAAAUGUUAGUUCAACUAAUCAAGAGCAUACCUCAUCAACUAGCCAAGAAACAGUUGUCACUAACUAACAUGUUGCUGUUGCUGCUGUAAAUUACCACAUACCAGCCAUUUCUAGUUAAGGUAAUUCUUUUGAACAUAUAUAUGACUAUGAAUUAAGGGCAUUUAAGAUUUGGGACCUGCCUUGAACCUACAUUUUUUUUUUUGGUGCUUUAUAUAUUCUAUAAAAAAAAAGUUUAGAUUCUCAAGAUAUAUGCAUUUGCACAUUAUUGUCUCCUUUUUUUCUUGUUUUGUAAUGAAAAGUUUAAGGUAAGGGGAGACUUCUGCAGUCCAAGGCCGAGAUAUACUGCAGGCUUCAGAGAAGACUUAUAUUAAUUAGAUUUACAGGUCACCCAUUAAAAGAGAUUAUUGGCAACAGGAAUUCAACUUGAAUUUUACAAACAAAGUAUUCGAUAUUUACCAACUUGACCAACUUCCAGUAGCACAUUAUUUUUCUAUUUCAAUACGCUGAUAUUGGCAGCCAAGUUUGGUGUCAAAUAGUCACAAAGUCCAACUUCUCACAAAUUACGUGAAAAUGGAGAAACAUAAAUCCAUGGAUAUUUAUUUUUUAUGAAUAUUCAACCACCGAACAGUGGAUCACUUUAUUGUUUCUCUUAUUUCCAUGGAUAUAUAACAACUUGUGCAUCUACGAAGUAUUUUCUACGAGCAAUGGUUGUCCGCUAAAGCAAAAACUUAUUGUUGUCUUUUCUCUCUCCCUCCAUCAGGGUCGUCACGAAGAUGAUGAAGAAUGAGUACUUAAGAAUUAGUCCUUGCGCAGUUGCUGUACAGCAUUAACGUAUAAAAUCAAAAUCAAGAGUAGUGCAUCCAUUUCCAGCACAUUCGAAUACAUACGUGCACUGUAUUUAUUCAACCCUGUUCCAUCCAAGUUGAUUUUGGUUUGCAAGGCUUUUACAUGUAGUACAU